AUGCCAAUUCUGAUUAAUGGUCUGAUGUCCUUGUUGAUGGUCCUAAUGGCCCUGGUUGAUCUUCUGGUCUCUCUAAUUUAUGGUCGGCAUCAUAAACAUAAAGGCUCCAAUCUCUGCCGCAAAAUGCAUGGCAUACCAUGCGCAAAAAAUGACGUAUUAAGUAUCCGAGGAACGCAAGAAGAAGAACCACCGGAUCCACAAUUAAUGCGUUUAGACAACAUGCUGAUAGCAGAAGGGGUUGCAGGCCCAGAGAAGGGUGGAGGAUCAGCUGCAGCUGCGGCAGCAGCAGCAGCAUCAGGUGGCGGCCCAGGGCAACCAGAGAAUGCGAUUGAACACAGUGACUACAGGGCUAAACUAGCACAGAUUAGACAAAUCUAUCACACAGAACUAGAUAAAUAUGAACAGGCUUGCAAUGAAUUUACAACGCAUGUUAUGAAUCUGUUACGAGAACAGAGCCGAACGCGGCCAAUAGCACCCAAAGAAAUAGAACGCAUGGUUAACAUUAUCCAACGGAAGUUUAAUGCAAUUCAGGUACAAUUGAAACAGAGUACAUGUGAGGCGGUUAUGAUUCUUCGUUCCAGAUUUCUGGAUGCAAGAAGAAAGAGGAGGAAUUUCAGCAAACAAGCCACAGAAAUUCUCAACGAGUAUUUCUAUUCCCACCUAAGUAACCCGUAUCCAAGUGAAGAAGCAAAGGAGGAACUUGCCAGGAAAUGUGGCCUUACGGUUGCACAGAUUUCCAAUUGGUUUGGAAACAAACGAAUUCGGUAUAAGAAGAACAUCGGUAAGGCUCAAGAGGAAGCUAAUCUGUAUGCGGCGAAGACAGCAGCGGCCGCAGCUUCCGUAGGCUCACAGAGUCGAUCACCGAGCUCUACUCCUACAACACCAUCAGGUACUGGACCCAACAGUGGCUCAGGGAGUUUUUCAAUGUCUGGUCCGGGUGGAAUCAUGGGAAGCUCCGAGUACUCAAUGGGAAUGCAGAAUGGCGAUAGCUACCAAAUGCCAAACCAGGUUGGAGCUAAUGUACAGUCACAGGUCCAAAAUCUCCGCCAGGUGAUUUCGCAAACGGGAGGCUACAAUGACACAGCACCCCCAAGCACCCAGUCUUCUAUGUACAAUAUGUCCCAGUACAGUAACCAACACUCGGCAAGUGGAAAUGGGGGAAGCGAUAUGGAGUCGACGCAUGAACACACCAACCAGAGGUCAUCACCACGUGGCGAUGAAAAAGUGCACCAAGGGAGUAAUGGAGGGAGUAAUGGUGAGGGAGGAGAAAGCUGGAAUGAUUUUGCAGGACUGCAGACAUUAGAGGAGGAGAACAGUAAUUCGCGUGAUAGCCAAGGUGGAAAACACUAAAGAUCGUCAGGGAGUCUCCAUUUACUAACAAUUAUUUUUAAAAUCUAUAAGUUGUGAACAUUUUUCAACUCACAAUGAUCUAGAGAGAAAAUUUAAGAAAACAUCCAAUCCAAGGACAGCUAUUAUCAAAGUAUAACUACAGAAUAGUUUCUAGAUGUCCACGUGGCGAAAGAGGCGGAUUCGUUUCUUCAAUACCUCAUCAAUUUGGACUUGUGUAGUGAAUUGCAAGUUGUGUGUUCCUGAAAGUAAAUUUUCAAAUUUGCAGCUUACGUUAAGCAGAUGUUGCAACACUGCGAUAGUGAAUUGUUACCUGUUUGAACCUUCCCUCCCUGAGUUGAUUUCUCACCUGGUUGACACAUGUGUUGUACCUCCACCUGGGUUGAUUUCUCAGAAGUUGACACCUGUGUUCUAUUUAUGUUUACACCUGCCAUUGUGUUUUUUGAAUACAGAUGUAACUUAUACAAAAGCUGAUUUAAGUCUUCAAAGUAAUAAUUAUAUUUACAAGUGGUAUCUACUUACCUGUGAUUGAUAGAGAAUGUCAUUUUGAUAUGAAGUGUUGGGGGCUGGGAUUGUUUGUGAAAGCCUUGACUACAUGUCAAUAAGCCCCACCCAAUUCAUGAAUAUCUCUAGAUUCAUCACACCGAAUAUAUGUAGUGUUUCAAAAAAGUGUCCAAUUUAUACAAAACACGACCAUGACAUGUUAUUGUAAAUUGUAAAAAUAUAGCGGAUUGCAUUUCUUAUAGAAUCUAACCAAGAUCGCACGGUAUUUAUGUUAUAUACUACAACAGUUAAGAGGGAGGGAGCGGCUAGAACUGAGGGAGUGCUAACGAAUGAAGUAAUUUUCAUGAAAUAUUUUAAAAAUAUUAUCCUUGAAUGUAACAGCCUUAGUGUAACUCCCACUGUUUACUGGAAAUUCUGAAGAAAAAAAAAAUGGAAUAGAAAGGACUUCUUGUGCUUUUUAUGUACAAGAAUUUCUUGAGCAGAACAUACAACUUAAUAAACAAACCAAGUUGGUUGUAUUGAAAUGUAUCCAAGCUAAAACCAGAUUAGGGAAGGUGUGUUUGGAAACAGAAAUGUGAUACAGUAUUUGAACCAAUUUUAUGAUAAUUUUCUGUAAAAGAAUUGUAAUCAAUUAUGCAUGAAAUGAAUAACUUAAGAGCGCAUAUUUUAAUUUUUUAUUUUGCAUAAAUUUAAAUAUUCAUCAUUGAUGUAUGAAUACUAAAAACUUGUUUUCAGUAUUUCUGCAUAUUAACAUACAGUGUACAGAGAAAAAAACAAAUCAAUUUUUAUGAGGUGUGGAUGUGAAUAAGGGUGAGGUUAUUGUAAUGAAUCUCCUUAUAAGGCAUGGUGUGUGAUUUGCAUAUCAUGAAUAUUCAUUGUGCAGUAACCAAAAUGUAAAUAUGUUUGUACCUUGAUGUAGAACGUAGGAAGCAUUAUAGUAUUAGCAGUAUUUGUUUUUUUGUUUUUUUUAAUUUCUAUUUUUUCUUUCAAACGUUUAAGUACAUGCUGCUGUUUCAGUUAACAUAUUUUGUCUGUUUUUUUUGAAAGAAAACAUUAUUUUAAAAUCAGUUUUCAUUGUCCUAAAAUUAAAGAGAGAAAUCUUAUAAUGUUAAUGUCAAUUCAUCUCCAAAUAUAAAAUUUCUUUUUUAAUUAUAAAUAACUGACUAUGAUAUCCUAUAUUUUAAGUCUUUUUUUUUGUUUUUUUUUUUGAACAUUUUCUUAGAUAUGUAUUUUGUUGAGUGUUUUUGUAGCAUUUGUUUUUGUAGCAUUUGUUUUCAUUAAUAAUUUUUUAAUGACAUAUUGUUUCUGUUUUAUAUGCGUAGACAUUAAAAUGUUAGAAGUUCAUCAGUUCAGUUCGUCUUGCUGGGGAGGCAGUUCUUUUAGCUAUGGGCGUGAAAUGAGGAAAGCUAGACUUUAUUGAUGAGAAUUAUUGGCACAGUUGUCUUGAAGUCUCCUUGUGUGUAUACAUCAUAUCUAUUUGUGUAAGGGUGGGUGGGUGUGUCAGUAAUUUUAAAAUAUACUUUGAGAGGUUGCUUGAGUGCCUUUAGUAAAUGAUUAUACUUAAUUAUUCAUUACCCAAGAUGCAACUGGUGUUUAUUUAUCUUAUCUACUAUUUUUAAAGAUCAAUUUUAACCAAGUAAAUUUUAUAUUCUUUUUAAGUGAUAUUAUUUUUUUUAUUGUCAUGCUAUUCACCUUUAUUAUCUUUAGGAAUCGUAUGGUAAAUUCAUGCAGGGGUGACAGCCUUAAAAAUACAGACAUUUCAUUGGUAAUUUAUUGACAUUUAAACUUAGGCAACAAAAAAGUAUACAAAUUAAAGAUGGCAUCCUCUGAUAUUUUCAAAGGAAACUCAUAAACAUGAAUUUUAGAUUCCAUUUUUGGAAAGAAGAUAAACUGUAAGACUGUACAGACCAAUUUAAAAAAAAAAAUUGACAAUAAAAUACCAAUUUUGAAAUACCA